AUGAAGGACCUAAGGAAGGUCCGGAUCUCUCGCUGGGAUGGCUGGCGAACCUAUAGAAUCCGGAUUGAGUAUCACCAGUACUUUUCAAAUGGUCACUCACCCUUGACAGUACUUGAGUACACCACGCCAAAAGAAGUGCCAGGACCUCCAACAAUCAUAAAGUUAACACCACUAGAUAAUGCAAUCAAAGUUAUUUUUACACCCCCUUUAGAAAGGAAUGGUAUUAUUACAAAAUACAAAGUGACGGUUGAAGAAAUUGGGACUUCAACACUGAUAACCAGGGACAGUGAUGUCACAUCUGUUACAAUCAAAAACCUUACAGCCUACACAUCAUAUAACAUCAAGGUACAACCUAGAACAAGUGUAGGGUGGGGAAGUUUCAGCACAAUUCGAACUUUGAGGACAUUAGAAGAUACACCUGGUAGUCCAACCGAAUUCACAGUAACUUUUCAAAACGAGACGACAGUUGGAAUACGAUGGAAAUCUCCUAAUUUUACCAGAGGAAUUAUUCAAGGAUAUAAGAUUACUUAUCGUCAAAGAAGCAAUUCCGAUGAGAAGGUUUUGUUUUAUGCAUUCCAAUCUGCCAUGAUUGAGGUCCUUAUAACUAGAUUGGAGCCUGGGGAGUACUACCAUUUCAGAGUUGAAGCAAGGUCUGGCGUCGGUUACGGUCCCGGUCUCAACGGAUCGACCUUCACUUUCCCAGCUACACCUGCAAAACCACCAAUACCAAUGAUAUCUUAUACAAACCAACAACUUACACUGACUUUGAAUCCAGGUAUUGUCACCGAAAAGCAUUUUUACAUGGUAAGGGUUUAUAUCGAUGAAGUAAGAACUUCAGAUGUGGGAAAUCGUUUUGGAAACACGGGUCCAACUGGAACUGUAAUUCUUAUUCUGGAUAAAAAUGACCUUGCGCAGAGUGUAAUCUACGUACUUGGCGAUAAUACCACCAGGCAUGGCGUCCAAAACAUAAUACUCGAGUUAAAACAUACGUACAUUUUUUACAUAGAGAUAGUCAUUAAGUUUGAGAAUAUUCUUCGAUCGAAUUAUACGAAAUAUCCAGAUUCCUUCACCAUUGUUUCACAAAAGAGUUUAGACGUAACUGCAGAGAAAAGCAAUGAAUCAGAUCUCGCUGGUGUUGUGAUAGGAGUUCUGAUUGUUGUUCUUCUUAUUCCUGGGACUGUGUCCAUUUGUAUUGUUAUCAAACGAUCGAAAACAAAUACUGAAACAAGAUCAGUGUACGAUGGAAAUGAAACAACAUAUGACUGGGAGAAGGCUGUUAACCUGGGUGGUACAAACCUCAUGCUUUCUGCAAGUAUUCGUCGUAGUUUGGACUCGAUCAGUGGAUCGUUGCUAGGUAACACAUCUUUGAUAGAUGAACCUUAUCAAAAUGAGGCAAUCAAGCGUUCAUCAUCCUGUGAAGGAGAAAUGUCGAAAUUGGAAAAUAGGCAUCGGCAGUCUCGAAGGAAAAUGGAUAUAAAGAAAUCAUUGUCCGAUACUGAUAUGUUUCAAAAAAAUAAUCUUUAUCGUGAAUAUGAAAAGAAUCUGGCUGGAAAAUCAGAGCCGUCAACACCACAAAAGGUGCAAAAUGGAUACAAUAAAAGGACAAAAACUAUUGUGUCUUCAGAAAAUGAAGUCGCGAAUAAUGAAAAGGUAACAAAAAAGACAGUUCCUCCCAAACCUCCACGUCAUCGUCUGCGCAGAAGCGCCACCGAAAGUAACUUUGAAGAAUUAAAACGACGUGCAUGUAGUCCUAUUGUGGAAGAAGAUUUCGAUGAGAUGAUGAAAAAUAUUGACAAAAUAUCACAUCAACAUAACAAGAUAUUGUCUUCUUAUGCACAAUCAGAAAAAAUAUCUAGUGUUGACCGAAACAGGAACGCACGUUCCAAAACCAGUGAUCUAGAUUCGACCAAUUUUAGUGCUAUGGAUAUUGGAACCCAAACUUCAGCUGAAAGAGGAGUCACCAAAAAAACUAAAAUGAGGCGAACACGAAAAAUAUUAGCUUCUAAAGCAAUGUCAGAAAACAGAAGAGCGCCAACGUCUAGUGUUCAGGGAAGAAAACAAAUGAACAGUAAACCAGAUAAUAUACUGGAUUCUGUUUCAACUGAAACCAACGUCCGAAUUGAAAGCAUUUCUAAAGAAAAUGGUGACGAUAAAAAAAGACAACGAAUCAAAAGAAAACGCGCCUUACAACGCCGGGCGGAAUCAUUGAGGAAUUGUAAAGAUAAUAAGCAUGAUUAUUCAAGCAAGUCAUUCUCUUUUAACGAAAGAAGAAAUUUUCGUAAAUUUAAUGAUUUUUAUCCAUCCUCUGGGAGUGAUGACGAAAUGAAGGUGUUAAAACCCCCAAGGAAAUCACGAGGUGGCAGUCUGAGACAGUCAAGUAAAGCUCAGCAGCAAGAUAGACUUGAUUCAAUAGAAAUGGAAAAUCAUACGAAUGACCUUGACAGACGUGUCAGUAUUAGGAAAAGUCCUGAUCGUAGAAGAAAGAAAUCGCAUUCUUUACGGGAAACUGGUAGUACUAUGCGGGGCGAGUAUCGAGAGCAAGACGUCUUGAAGUUCUGGAGCAAGACGUAUUCUUUUCUUGAUGAACGGAAAAUUUUGCCACACGAGGAAAAAUCAGAUGAGUACAAAGUGACAAGUUUUUACGAGACUGAUCGUCCCCAGACGGUGUCUCUGGAACUGGAAUUCAAAUCUCUACCUACAGGUAUGUUAGGGACCACAAAUAUUGCAAGGCAAAAGGCGGGCAUCCCCUCUCACAAGCUGUGCCUAGAGUCUUACGACCAUUCCAGGGUCAUUUUGAAACCAGAGGGCCCAGAUGAUUACAUCAAUGCAAGUUAUAUAAAAGAUCGAACAAGGGAUGGUUGUCCUCGUUAUAUUGCAGCCCGAACACCACACGAUGAACCUUCUGCUCUGAAGUUUUGGCGGAUGGUUUUACAAGAAGGAACAAGAGUCGUCGUUAAGUUAUCGCAACAACCAGACAUUUUCCCGUCCGAGAUAACUCGCCAUGCUGGCCAAGUCACUGACAGAUUCAAACUGACUCACUGUGAAGAUAUAUCUGUUCAUGAGUGUGCCGUCCGUUACAUGAAAGUAAAGAAUGUUCUGGAUCAAAGUUCUAGGGGUCUGUACAUAAUUCACGAUUUACAAUGGCCCGAUGAUGAUCGUUAUUAUUUGCCUCAAAACACUAAAGAUUUUAUUUCCAUGCGUGAGGUUGUCCGGAAAUGCCAGGGUACAUCUCUUGCUCCCAUAAUAGUUCACUGUAGUCAAGAGGACGGAAGAAGUGGAGUGUUUAUCGCCAUAGACGCGUUACUAUUGGAGUACGAAAAACAACGCGAAGUUAAUAUAUUUUCGUUUGUCAGAAAUAUGCUGAAAGACAGAUAUGGUAUGAUCAAAACAGUAUGGCAGUAUCGAUUUAUCUAUGAGGCACUGCUUGAGGCGCACUGGCAAACUUGA